AAUAUUUAAAAUAUUUAAUAUAUAUAUAUAAUAUAUAUAUAAUUCUUUUAUCAAAUUUCUUCUUUCUUUUUGUUCUCUCUUUUAGUUUUGGUUACUGUAUAUUUUUUAUUAUUUGUGAGUGUUAACAAAAAAGAAAAAAAAAAAAUUUUUUUUUUUUUUACAUAUAUUUCGUGGUGCUAAGUUAAAUCUUUUGUUUUAAUUGGAGCCGACUUGAAAUUUAAGAAACUAAUAUCAAACCCCUUUUUUGAUUUAGGGGGACUUAUUAUAGUAAUAAUUAAUAAUUUUAUAAGAGAAUAUAUAUUAAAUAUAAAUUGUAUAUAAACACUUUAACUUUGUCUAUUUAUUUAUUUUUUCUUUUCUCCCUCCGUAUUUCUCGCAUUUAUACAGUUUCGUUUCAUUAUUUUUUUCUUUCCAUUCCUUCGUUUUCUCUUUCAACUUUCGGAAAUAGAACUUCAAAUAUAUGUCCAAUAUGUCUAACGAAAGAGAGAAAAGGGCUAGACUCAGUCAUGCAUGUGAUCGAUGCAGGAAAAGACAUGUUAAAUGUGAUGGCGACUAUCCUAUCUGUGGUAAUUGUAAAUCUGUCAAUGGUGAAUGUAGUUAUAGCCAUCCUGGAAGUAAACGCGGGUAUGUUGAAACAAUUGAUGAUAGAUUGAGUAAGAUCGAGCAAGUAUUAUCAAAAUAUCUUGAGGGAGCUGAUACCCAACAACAAAAUAGUAAUACUUCUACAUCAAGAGAUAGUAACAGUGGCCCUGAAUUGGAUGUACAUGAUAUUGUUAAUAUGGCGGCAUCUUUAAGAAUAAAAGAAGGCCACGAAACUAUGCAAGUAUUAACUGAAUCAAUGUCAUCAGCAGCGAUGAAAUCAAAUAGCAGAUACGUUACUACAAAGAAAAAUGAAUUAUCAGAUGGCGUAUCACCAGAUUCAAAUUAUUCAUCCAAAGGUUCUGGAGGGGACUUGCAACAACAUUCCUUAAAAGAUAAAAAAAUUCAAACUUUAGAACCACCACUUCCAACUGAAUAUAAAGGUUCAAAAGAAUUACCACCAAAAGAUUUAUUUGAUCAUUUAAUACAAUUAUAUUUAACUCAUGGAUAUGCAUCUAGGGGUCCUAUUAUACAUAAACCUACAUUUAUUAAACAGUUGAGAGAUAAAAAUAAUCAGCCAUCUUUGCUACUUUUAAAUUCUAUAUUCGCAGUUGCUAGUUUCUUUUCUGAUGAUAGAAGAACCCGAACUGAUCCAAAUAAUCCUGCAACUUGCGGUGAUAUUUUUUGGAACCGGUCUUUAACGUUGAUCGACGAUUUUAUGGACAGAGCACGACUUUCAACCGUUCAGGUUCAAUUAUAGAUGAUUUUUUUUUUGUACAAUUACUUUGUGGACUAAAUUUAAAAUUGUUAAAAUUGGAAUAUUUUUUUUUUUUUAGGCUUUAUUAUUUCUGAUUCAAUUUUGUGUUAAAUCGGUAAGUUC